AUGAGUCGGCCGCAGUAUUACGCGAAUACCCUCGAGCCGGUCGAUAUCACGCCAGAGAAGCUACAGAAGACACUCGAGGACUUACUUGUGGCCGUGCGGCGCGGUAUCGAUGUGAUUCAGCAGGAAAGUCCGUCUUCAGAGGACUGGGGCAGCUCUGGUUUAUACACAGGACCUGCAGGAAUCGCUCUCGCUUUCCUUCGACUCGACCGACAACGUGAAUUAAUAGCAGUACAAGGCGACUCCCCGACUGAUUUUGGCAGAAUCGUCCAAGAGAGAAUCCCAUCGCAAGGACCGAAAGUCAAACUCCAACCGGGAAGGUUAUCGCCCGUCGGCUCUUCUUCUCCGCUAACGGCCGUUGUCAUGCGCAUCUUAGCGGCGGCUUCUUAUGGUCAGAAAGUCAAUGCGGAUGAUAUCGAGCUUCUACAAGAUGCAGUCAAUGUUGCGCUUCAGAAUGGUCCGAUUGUUCCUCACGGGGGACGGAUGAUGGGAGGAGACGAGGUGUUGUUCGGUAGGGCUGGGCUGCUCUGGGCGGUCUUGAAUAUUCGAGAGCAUACGUUCGAUGAGCAGACAAUGGCAUUCCUGCAGCCUGUCUUUGACACUGUUCCUGCCCUUAUCGAUGCGAUCGUUGACGCCGGAAGACUGGGCCGCAAAGCUUACAUCGACAAGCAUGGCAGCGAGGGAGCUCUUCCGCUGAUGUGGACGUGGAUGGAAGGCCACUACGGCUUGGGGCUGGUCCAUGGAUUGACUGGUAUUCUCGCCGUCCUCCUUGCCUGCAGCCCAUCGGAGCUCAACGAUGGCACCUCACGAACUUAUCUCCCCUGGCUGGCUGGCACCGUCACCGGUAUCUGUCAACUAUGCAUUGCUACCAACGGCCACCUUCCCACGGCCAUCCCCGCUCGCCAUUCCUCAUCUCACCGACCCUCUCAUCUUGUCCAGAUCUGUCACGGCGCUCCUGGAGUAUUGCAUCUCAUGGCCUGCGCCAGGCGAAACACACACUUGGUUUCCAAGUUCUGGGAGCCCACCUGGGAUGAAGCCAUCCGGCUAGCUAGCGAAAGAACCUGGGAGGAAGGUCUUCUUUCGAAGGGAGGUGGUCUCUGCCACGGAAUCGCCGGAAACGCAUGGCCGUGGCUACUUCUACACGACAGUUUCGAAUACGACAUCGACACGACGGCAAUUGCAAAGCGCAACUACGCAGAGCGAACCGGGAUGACCGGCAGCAAGCCCACGGAACAUGAACUGACCGGCGACUAUUUCUUGUCGCGAGCGCUGGCCUUCUUGCUCCACUCGCGCGAGACACCCCCUUAUGACAUGUCCUCUGAUAUCUAUCGUCUUCCUGACCACCCGUUCUCCUUGACGGAAGGAUUAACAGGCACUGUUUGUGCGUGGGCGGAUGCCUGCGUUGCUAUCCAGGCGAGACUUCGGAAGAUAGAGUUGACUGCGCAGGGGCCUUGCUCGGGGGUUGCUCUCAAGAGCGAUUCUGUCUUCCAAGAGCUCGGGGCUUGUCAAUUAGGGUUUCCAACCCUUGCUUAUCAUAGACCUACUGGUUUGAUCUGA